GAAGUUCCAGCAAGUUCGCGGCUUCCGCUCCUCCCAGCCGUGCGAUAGGAGAGCGCGGAGCGGCCCCGGAAGUGACGCAGCGGGGCGUCUGCUUUCUUCCGGUUCCGGCCGGGCGAAAGUGCUGUGGCGACAUGAAGCUGCUCACCCACAAUUUGCUGAGCUCGCACGUGCGAGGGGUGGGACCCCGUGGAUUUCCCCUGCGCCUUGAGGCCACCGAGGUCCGCAUCAUUCCUGUGGAGUUCAACCCCGACUUCGUGGCGCGUAUGAUACCCAAAGUGGAGUGGGCGGCGCUCCUGGAGGCGGCCGAUAACUUGCGUCUGAUCGAGGUGCCCAAAGGGCCGAUUCAGGGAUAUGAAGAAGAUGAGACAUUUCUGAGGAAGAUGCACCACGUGCUGCUGGAGGUGGAGGUGCUGGAGGGCACCCUGCAGUGCCCAGAGUCUGGACGUGUGUUCCCCAUCACCCGCGGGAUCCCCAAUAUGCUGCUGAAUGAUGAGGAAACCCAGACUUAAUCGUGCAGGCGUCUGUUUUUCAUACUGUGACCGUAUCUUUGUUUAUGUAUAUCCUGUCAGUUCUGUCACGUGUAUCCCUAACUCUGGACCCAGUGACACGCCACACAGUGUUCUUGAGCUCGAUAUAUUUUUUUUUCUCAUUAAAGGUUUAAAACCAAAAGCGGUUUCUCUUUGCAACAAAUAUACAUUAAAAUAGAGUCUCUGUACAGCCAAGGGCUCUGGGCCCUGGCUUGCCCCAUGUCCCUGCACCUCCCUGGCCAAACCCAAAAAUAAAUAUAGUGUUAUUGCUCUGCAGGGCAUAGAGGCAGUGCUCUCCCUUCCCCCUGUGGAGGCUGGGUGGGAGCUGACGGGGACCCUGGCCACCCAGGGGUCCAGGGGCUGGAGCCUGC